AUGUUACACUUGCUAGAUGCCCAACCGCUUAUGCACUUACGCAUUUUUUGGUGGCCUUGCACUGCAGGACAGUGGGCCCAAAAGGUGGCACAUCCAUCAGCCAAUAUCACAAAGGAGUACUUCGUGCGUGUCAACAGCAAGCCCACGAACCAGCAAGUGAAGACAGUGGUUGAAGGCUGCAUGGUGGAAGGGCGGCACGUGUCCCCAGUGGCAGUGCAGCUGGAAGGCGACAGGAGCAUGCGGGUCGCGGUGUCCGACGGCCGCAAGCGAGAAGUGAGGGUGCUCGUCGAACACUGCGGACUGGAGGUGGAAGCUUUGAAGCGCGUUCGUAUUGGCCAGUACCGGCUGCCGGCCGACCUCAAAAUCGGGCAGAUCAGGGAGUUGAGCAGAAGCGACUUGCAGAAGAUUGUGCGCCUGCCCACGCCGUCCAUUCCUCGAGGGACAUCCACGGCCAGAGGGAUGCCAAGGAAGUCACGAUAG